AUGUCGAGUGCAAAUCGAUUGAUUGAGAACGACGAAGAGGAAGAGACUGAUGAUAAUGAUGGCGAAGAAAAGCCGUGGUUCUAUCCGCGUACAUCGUCACCACAUUCAUCUUUAAGUGUUAAUAAUAGUUUUACUCAUCAGUCAUCGUCAGCAACCAUAGGAUCAUGGGGCUUUGAUGUUAAUCGCUCGACAAACAACAACAACAGCAAUGCUGAUCAGCAAACAAUCUCGAGAACAACUAUUAAAGAUUAUAACGAAUGUCUAACUGAUAAACUAGCAUCAUCUGAUCGAGAAUCGAAAUUACGUUCGCCAGCAUUAACAAAGCAACGUGAUGGCAAUGAAUUUGCUGCGAUUGAUCGUCUAGUUUUUGGUCCCAAUCGAGAAUCGAAUAAUUCAUCAUCUCAAGUUUCAAUAAACCGAAACAACAAUGUGAAACAGCAAGCAGAACAAGAACUAUUUGCCUGGUGUUAG